AUGAUGAAACCUACAGGUUGUGAGCGUUUCCUCUCUUCACAGGAACCUAAAAACCCAGUUCUGAGGCGUGUCCAGGAACUGGCUCAGCUCAGCAAGCAGCUGCAGCGGGUUCACCCCAACGUGCUGGCCAAGGCACUGAAACGUGGGAUCCUGUACCAGAAUGAGGAGAUUGUGGUGAUUAACAAACCCUAUGGCCUCCCUGUGCACGGGGGUCCUGGUGUCCAGAACUGCAUCUCCAACGUGCUGUCCAUCUUGGCCAAGAUGCUGGAUGGCAUGAAAGCUGAGCCCCUGCACCUGUGUCACCGGCUGGACAAGGAGACGACGGGCGUGAUGGUGCUAGCCCGGGAUGAGGACACGGCCCAUCGGCUCCAGAGCCUCUUCAAAGUGUGCCAGGUGGAGAAGUGCUACUGGGCGAUCAGCGUGGGGCUCCCGGUCCCCUCGGAGGGGCUAGUGGAUAUUCCCAUUGUGGAGAAGAAAGUGCAGAGCCACCAGUCGCACUAUAAGAUGACACUGGCACCGAACUACCGAGUGUCCCCCGAGGACGGGAAGAUGGUGAAGGUGCGCCAGAACCGAGAUGCCGACAGCGCGGUGACCCGGUACCGUGUUCUGGCUAGCUCUGCCUCCUGCUCCCUCCUGGAGCUGAAGCCAAUCACAGGAGUGAAGCACCAGCUCCGUGUCCACCUGGCCUAUGGACUGGGGUGCCCGAUCCUCGGGGACCACAAAUACGCACACUGGAGCAAGCUGGCACCCCAGAAGCUUCCUGAGAACACUCUGAAGAGACUGGGCUUGGAGCAGGCCAAGGUGCGUCACCUCCCGCUCCACCUGCACGCCAGCAGGCUCACCCUGCCCGCAGGAGCCAGCGGGGGCCAGCAGCUGCAGCUGGACUGCCGGCCACCCCACUUCUUCACAAACUCGCUGCAGCGGCUGAAGCUGGAGAUUCCAGACGUGCCCAAGAAGUGAGGAGGGCGGAGCUGACCGACUGCGUGGGGCAUCUGACUGUGGCCUGGAGAUCCGGGAGGAGUCCGUGGCCUCAGCCGCUCCAGGAAAGCACACCCACUGGUGACCGUGUCAGCGUGCUGCCCUGCGUGAGUGGCCUGGGUCCAUGAGCUGCCUGAGGGAGGCUCUGGCUCUGGGCAGAGCCAGCAGUACAGCAGCCAGCUGAGGUUUGUUAGAGGCAGAGCAGGGCUGGGUCUGGAACUUCUCUAACCAAUAAACGGUCUGAUCUC